AUGUGCCCCAAGGUUGCGCGACAAAGUGGAAGGCCUCACCAAACUCUUUUGCGCGACAAAGUGGAAGGCCUCAUCAAAGAGUUUGGUGCGGUCCAGGACCGAUUGCAGAACAGCUACACCAAAGGGUUGGUCGACGGUUUUGAUCGAUCGCUGGUUCCUCGGGCAAUUGAAGCUUGUGCACUGGAUGAUCGUAUCAAGUGGGGCUCCCAGUUAAUGACUGUCUGCAAGCCUGUGAAAACCCAGGCACACCCGAAGGCCACCCCCAAGGCCAAGGCAAGUUUGGCAAAGGCCAAAUCCGCACCGGCCCACACGCCUGGCAAAGGCCAGAAGGCCAAGGACCAUGCCUGCAAAGUGAAACGGUCAAUGGUCGCGAGCAACCUCAGCCGAAAACGGGACAGAGACGAAUUGCCAUCUGAAGAAAAGUUGAGGGAUGUACGGAAUUCAGAACGUGACCUCCACAAGCACUUUGUUCGCUUGGGUUUAUCCUUACCGGUUCCUAUUCGAAAGCUAGAGCACACUCUGUCGGAUGGGGCAUCCGUGGUCACUGAAUACAUGAACCCAUCAGAUUGGCUAAGUUUACUUUUGAAAAGGUACCCGCAACUCAUUGCUGGGGGCGCUUCGCCUUUAGAGGAUCAACUGGAAGGAUUUUGGGAAGCCUACCGCCUGCAGCAUCCAUCCCAUGAAGUUUUUCAAAAGCAAUGCCAGCUUGGGCCCAGAAGGAGUGGCUACUUGGAAGGUACCAUUGAGUGCCCCCUUGGUCUUUCAGAGCAGGAUGUUGAUUGCUCUAGCUGUCAUUCACUCCAGUCUUUGCCCAGCCACUGGCUCCCGAACGAGCCCCAACAAAUUGAUUGUUUGACCCCAAAGAUGCGAAAGAUUGACAAGCUGGGGACAAAUUACUAUGGCCAUUCCUUUUUGAAGCGCUACUACCUGUUUGGGCUUCCUGGGUACCUGUAUGAUGGCGAGCCUGGAAUAAUUGAACAACAUUUGGAGGCUGUGGCUGCUGAUCUGGUUUCUCUUUUCAAUACAGGAGUUUUUGUUGGGGAGAAGCAAUACUUUGGUGCUUUAAUUGCAUCAAAAGGAGACAUGAAGUUCCAGUCCAAGAGCAUUGCUUGGAUGAACCGGUCCUACAAUAACCUUGGAACCCGAAACCAUGCCGGAAUUUGUAGCCUAUGCAAGGCCGGAGAGGCCCACAUCCCCAUGGAAGACGUGCAGCUGGAACCGCAGUGGAAAAGCACCAUGUACUUGGAGCGACCCUGGAGUGAUGAUUGGGUUCCGGCUUUCACAAAAAUUCCCUUUGAUCCAGCUCGUCCGGAAUGGCUGUAUAAACUUGAUUUCUUUCAUUGUUUCAAAGUAGGGCUGGGGAGAGACCUGGUGGGAUCCGGUCUUGUCUGGCUGUGUGAACUCGGCAUCUUUGACUAUGAGAAUUCCAGUCAAAACAUAGAUGACAGGCUUUGCAGAUGCCAUUCUCAUUUCAAACUCUGGGCUUUGACCGAAAAGUAUUCACCAGCUUGCCGUUCAUUUACCAAGUCUUUCAUGAAUCGGAAGACAUCAAUGGAUGCUGCCUGGAGCAACAGUAAAGGCAGUGACACGAUGAUUCUGCUCAAGUACUUGCGCUUUCAACUUUCUUUGGUGAUUCGGGAUGCAGGGCCAGCAGUUGCGCAGCAUGUUCAGAUUUUGACACUUUUGCGUGAUGUUGUUGACCAGGGGAUUCAGAUGUGUGAUCUGAUCUAUUCCCACAAUAUCCUCCUUCCAAGGAAGUGUGCCUCCCGGCUGUAUCUACACAUCAUGGUUCUGAUCCGUGGCUACAAACGUGUGGCCGCACAUUGCUUGCAGCACAAUUUCUCAGGGUUCCGAUUGAAAGCAAAAUUACAUGCCAUCGCCCACAUUGGGCUGGAAAUCCGCGAGGGGCUGAAGACUGCAGCAGCACGUCUGCUGAACCCGGUGAUAUGGGCUUGUGAAUUGAAUGAGGAUCACAUUGGUCAUGUUGCCAGAGUGUCACGGAAGUUGGCUACUAAAACGUUAGGUCUUAGAAUGGCUCAAAGAUAUCUGCUGAAUACCAAAGCGAUUUUCAGGCGGCAUUUUGCCAAACAAAAAUUCACGAAACCAAGAAAGGGUUGA